AAGAAAAAACCCUAAUAUCUCUCGUUUGUAAGCUUUUUUCACCAGUUUCUCUCCAUACCCAUUUUACCAGCUUCUCCAUAACUCUCUCUAUGGAUUCUGACAUCAUGAACAUGAUGAUGCAUCAGAUGGAGAAACUUCCUGACUUCUGUAACCCUAAUUCCUCUUUCUUCUCUCCCGACCAAAGCGGCAACAACACCACUACUUACCCUUUUCUCUUCAACUCAAGCAGCCCUAACAACCACUCUGACCACUCAAUGAGCAACGAACCAGGUUUCCGGUACGGUUCCGCAGGUUUACUUACUAACCCUUCUUCUCUCUCUCCCAACUCAGCCUACUCUUCCGUUCUGCUCGACAAAAGAAACAACAAUAGCACGAACAUGGCGGCUAUGAGAGAGAUGAUCUUUCGCAUCGCCGUGAUGCAACCGAUACAUAUCGAUCCAGAGGCGGUUAAGCCACCUAAGAGGAGGAACGUUAGGAUCUCGAAAGAUCCACAGAGCGUGGCGGCCCGGCAUAGGAGGGAGAGGAUAAGCGAGAGGAUUCGGAUUCUGCAAAGGCUCGUUCCUGGUGGGACGAAAAUGGACACAGCUUCCAUGCUCGACGAAGCUAUUCAUUAUGUCAAGUUUUUGAAGAAACAGGUGCAGUCGCUGGAGGAGCAGGCGGUGGUUAACGGCGGAGGAGGAGGAGGAAGGGUUUUGAUCGGCGGCGGUGGUAUGACGGGGGCGAGUAGUAGUGGUGGCGGCGGGGGAGGAGUAGUUAUGAAAGGGUGUGGGACAAUGGGGACUCAUCAGAUGGUGGGCAAUGCACAGAUUCUUAGAUGA